CGAGGAAUUACUUGUUGGAAAACAUCGUUGACGUGAAAUCAAACAUACAAGAAACAUGUCCUCCACCAUCGUCACCCCCGAGAACAACCGUACCCUCGCCAUCCUCAAGAAGGCGAAGGAGGGAAACUAUGGUGUCAUCGGCAUGGUAUGCUACGACAUGGACAGUGUGAUGGGAUUCCGGGAUGCAUGUGAGAAGGCCAACACACCGGGGAUCAUCAUGCUCUUCCCCAUCUCGGCGCGUUAUGGCGGAAGCCAGUUUGUGGCUUUCUGCCGUGAUAUUGCCCACCAGGCUAAGGUCCCCAUGUCUCUUCACAUGGACCACGCCGUCGAGAUCGCCGACAUCGACUUCAUGUUCGACAUUGCUGAAAAGCAGGGGAUCAAGCUUGACAGCAUUAUGAUUGAUUCAUCACGGUGUGACACAGAGGAAGAGGGUAUAGCAAUGGUGAAGAAGUAUGUCGACCGCGCCAAUAAACUGGGCAUGGCGAUCGAAGUCGAGCUUGGCCGGCUUGAGGGCGGAGAGGCAGGUCUUGCGGCCAUCGCGGAAGGCAAGCAGACCGACCCGGAAGAUGCAGACCAUUUCAUCAGGGAGACCGGUGCGCAGAUUUUGGCGCCAAGUAUCGGAAACCUUCACGGGCAUUACAUUAAUCCACCAAAUUUCAACCAGGAAAUUUUGAAGACCCUCAAGACGACUUAUGCCCAGUCGAAUACGUACAUUUGCCUGCAUGGCACUGAUGAGCUGCCCGACUCGCUCUUCCAGGAAUGUGUCAAGAAUGGGGUGACCAAGAUGAACAUGAACAGCUGGAUGCGUGAUCCUUACAUGGAUGCAUACAAGCAUGCCCUGGUCGAGGGCAAGCCCCUCCCAGAUGUGCACAACAUCGGCGUCAAGGCCUUUGCCGACGCUGCGGAGAGGUUCUUCCCGCUGUUUGGUUCUGCGGGGAAGGCAUGAAUGGAUUUCCUGUAAUUGGUGUUGCAUCGAAAGGACGUAAGACAGAAUUAUUUCAGUUCCCAACGCUUAAGGUUGCGCGGUUGAGAAAUUGUACAUGCCACAUAUAACUAGGUUCCUCCGGAUGUCAGUCACAUGGGAAGAAUACGGAAAACCCGUCGGAAGCCGCGGGCGUCUGUGUAAGACCGCCUGCGGAUUUCCUAGCGAUGAAUGUUCUGCCUCAUGACACAGCAGAAAUUAUCCUAGUCCAGAUCUUCGAUCACCACCUUGAGUGCAUCGGACGUUGAAGACUGGUAUUGCGUUCACGCUGGCACCGGUGCUGGUCAUCCGGCAACUGGCUUCAAAGCGAUAAGGCUAAUAACAGUCUCGUCCGUCACUGUGUUCAGUUGCUUUUCCUUCUCAUCAGCCGCGGCGUUAGACUUCUGGGUGUACAUCAUGGACGCGUCGGUAUUGAGCUUGUACGCCUUGCGAAUGGCAGACCAGUCUGCUACAUCCUUCAGUUGUUCGAGGGGCACGAGUUGUCCUUGUACGACUGCGCGCAUGCGGUUUUCUAUGUUGGAGGGAUGGUAUGGAUCAUGGGACGAAGCAUCGAGGGAUGCAGUGGGGCAAAUGUGCAAUACGAGCAGUGACUCGCUGCUCCCUGAGAGUCCAAACCGUCGCAAAGCAUCGGUGAUAUUAUUUCCGGGGCUUAAGCACCACAGCACCUCCGAGUGUAUAGUCUUCGUCCGCAUAGUGCCCUCCCAUUCCGCGAUGCAUGCUUGGUACGCCGCUGUAAGCAAGGCUAACCUGCUGCUGACCAUGGAAGCAUCAAUGAAAGCAAAGUUUACGGCUGCACGGGCUUCAUAUCCUUCUGGUGUGGUGGGAAGCGUGGAGGCCUGUAUGAGCCGCUGUAAAAGUGCGGUUGGCUGAGACAGGGAUGUGAAUAGGGCAGUGUGGAAUGUCAGACCGAGAUGCGGAUAAGGGUAAGAUUCCAUGGUGUGCUCGAUAGGCAAAUUGAGGCUGGGAAGAGGCCUAUCGGAAU